AUGCCAGCCAGAGGUGACCCUGAGAUCCAACUGGCCAAGCUGAUCCUGGAUCCUACACACCAGCCAGAUCUGACCCUGAGCCCCAGGCUAGCUGAGUUGACCCUGGGUUCUGCAUGCCAUCCAGAGAUGACCCUCAGUCCUGGCUCAACUGAGCUGACCCUGGAUCCCGCACGCCAGCCAGAGGAGACCCCAGCCCCCAACCUGGCUGAGCUGACCCUGGAGCCUGUGCACUGCCGACCUGAGCUCCUGGAUGCCUGUGCCGACCUCAUCAAUGAGCAGUGGCCCCGCAGCCGUGCCUCCCGCCUGCACUCCUUGGGCCAGUCCUCAGAUGCCUUCCCCCUCUGCUUGAUGCUGCUGAGCCCCCGUCCCACGCCAGAGGCAGACCCCAUUGUGGUGGGCCAUGCCCGCCUGUCACGGGUGCUGGACCGGCCCCAGAGCCUCCUAGUGGAGACGGUGGUGGUGGCCCGAGCCUUGAGGGGCCGUGGCUUUGGCCGCUGCCUCAUGGAGGGCCUUGAAGCCUUUGCUCAGGCCCGGGGCUUCCGCCGGCUACACCUCACCACCCAUGACCAGCUGCACUUUUACGCCCACCUGGGAUACCAGCUGGGUGAGCCUGUGCAGGGCCUGGUCUUCACCAGUCGGUGGCUGCCUGCCACCCUGCUCAGUGCCUUCCCCAGGGCCUCCUUUCCCCGGCCACCCUGCAGGGCCCGUAGCCUGACUGCCCAAGCUGCCCCAAGAGCCCCCAAGGGGUCAUCAUUGCCGCCACCCCCACCCCUGCCUGAGCCCUUGACCACCCUACCCCCACCUCCAGGAGGGCCCCCUCCACAAAGCCUGCUGGAGACUCAAUACCAAGACCUGAGAAGACGCCCCAUAUUCUGGAUGGAGAAAGACAUCUGAGGGCUUACCCAGGGCAAGAUGCUGUCUUUCUGGGUCAGUUGACUGCCCAGGACAGUACCAGCCUCAGCCCACUGGCCAUCCCUCAGCUUCUAUCCCCCAAGGACAGCUUCAGCCUAGGCAUGUUUCCUGAGUGCCAGUGGAGAUGGCGCCAUGGCUGUGGCUCAGAGCUCUCAGUGUGGCUGAAUAAAGGCUUCUGUUGGGUGUGGUUGUGACAGUGUAUUUGUUGACCCCCACCCUCAUCUCCCAGCCUUGUCUUAGGUCCUCUGUCCCUGCAGGGGCCCUCAGAUCCACCUCGGCCUUAGGGCCAUGGGUGGAGGGACACCUGCCUUUUACCUCUCUCACUCUGCCAGGCCCAGGGGACAAGGAGACAUUCACUCAUCACCAUUCACUGGGCACCUGCUGUGUUAAAGGCCCUGGAUUGGGCACAGGCAGUGGGGAACUAGACAGAUAGGGUCUCAGCCCAAGGGACAGGGCAGGCAUACUGUGGCAGGAUCCAUGCUGGGACAGUGGGAGCUCAAGUUUCCUCACUCCACUUGGAGAUCUGGUAGACCUCCCAGGGCAGGUGAUGCCAUAGCAGAGACCUGAGUGCUGAGUAGAAAUUAAGCCAGGCAAGGUGGGGGCUGAGUGUUCUUGGGGCAGGAAACAAAAUGGGCAGAGGAAAGAAGGGGACUUGUGAAAGCUGUAGGUGGGGGAGGUGUCAGAGGGCACGGUGGUGCCAUGGCAGAGAUGGACAAUACAGAAGGGGAGCUGCCCAAGCCAGCUUGGGUUGUGGCUGCUCUGAGAGGCCUAUGAGACCCCUUGGGAACCAGGCUUUACGCACCUCCCUCUCUUGUGAGGAGGAGCUGGAGGAGUUUUCCCAGCUUUCUCUGCUGUGUGGAAGGUGUGGCCAUGGCCAUGGAGUCUAAGCUCACACCCCCUCUCU